AGCUUCUUCUUUAAUGCAUCCAGAGGAAAUGACAAACCAGAGGCGCUCUGUGGCCAGGCAUGUCAAAUAAUAACACCGAUCCUGGGCUUUAGUCUCAACCCGAAACUCAGAGGAGAAAGGCGGCAGCUGGACAUCUGCGAGGCCGCUGGUGACUCUGCGGACGCUGGAGCGGACCCACUGAAUGGACGUCGAUGGACUGGACUGACGUCCGCUUCAAUCGGACCGAACCUGGGAGCCAAACAGAGAUCUGCAUGUCCAAGUUUCCUGUUCCGAGCAGAGGGAGAUCGCCGUGUGCUUUUUGGAUGCGUGUGGGUGCGCGGCGCCCGCAGGAGCGGCGGUGAUCCUGGAGGUGUCCGCGGGAAGCCAAGUUUAGCUCCGUGAUUUUAUUUUUUAAUUUUUUGUUUGUUUUUUUAACGUUUCCUUUCCUUCAACUCUUGUGUUGCUAUCAUGUCCCAUAAGCGGACAGGUGGGUUAACGUUUCCCCGAUGAAAACGGAGCAGCUGUGCAGAGGCUCAGUGAUCGUGACUGUGAAGAUGAUGUCGAGUAAGAGCGUGGAGUGGCUGCAGGACGAGCUGGAGUCCGGGGCAGGCGCGCUGCUGCUGCUUGACUGCAGAGCGCACGAGUUGUACGAGUCCUCUCACAUCGAGUCCGCCAUCAACCUGGCCAUCCCGGGCCUCAUGCUGCGGAGGCUGAAGAAAGGCAACCUGCCCAUCCGCUCCAUCAUCCCCAACAACGAGGACAAGGAGAAGUUCGUCAAGCGGUGCAAGACGGACGUGGUUCUGCUGUACGACGAGGCGACGUCGGAGCGACACGAGUCCGCGCUGGGGAGCUCCGUGAUGGGGCUGCUGCUGCAAAAGCUGCGGGACGACGGCUGCAAAGCUUUCUAUCUGGAGGGAGGCUUCAAUAAAUUCCAGUCAGAGUAUCCGGAACACUGCGAAACCAAUCUGGACUGCUCAUGUCCCAGCAGCUCCCCGCCAGCCUCGGUCCUGGGGCUAGGAGGACUUCGCAUUAGCUCGGACUGCUCGGACGGAGAGUCUGACCGCGAACCGAGCAGCGCCACAGAAUCUGAGGGUAGCCCGCUUCCGAACAACCAGCCUGCCUUCCCUGUCCAGAUCCUGCCGUACCUUUACCUGGGCUGUGCCAAAGACUCUGCAAACCUGGAUGUGCUCAGCAAGUACAACAUAAAGUACAUCCUGAAUGUCACGCCCAACCUGCCCAACAUGUUCGAGCACGAGGGAGACUUCAAGUACAAACAGAUCCCCAUCUCUGAUCACUGGAGCCAGAACCUCUCGCAGUUUUUCCCUGAGGCCAUUUCAUUUAUCGAUGAGGCUCGUUCCAAAAAAUGUGGCAUCCUGGUGCACUGCCUGGCCGGGAUCAGCCGUUCAGUCACCGUCACCGUGGCCUACCUGAUGCAGAAGCUCAACCUGUCGCUAAACGACGCCUACGACUUCGUAAAGCGGAAAAAGUCCAACAUUUCCCCCAACUUCAACUUCAUGGGCCAGCUCCUGGACUUCGAGCGGACGCUGGGCCUCAACAGCCCCUGUGACAACCGCUCCACCUCCCCGCCGCACGACCAGCUCUUCUUUACCACCCCGACCAAUCACAACGUGUUUCAGCUGGACACUCUGGAGUCCACUUGAAAGACUGACUCGAGACUGUCCCCCACCACCUCUCUAUUUUUCAAAGAGGUAGGAGGUAACAAGCGGCUGCACUUGGAGAAAAGCAGCCGGUUUUAUUGAAAGUUUUCGCCUCUUCGGGCCCCUCGUCAUAGAGUUUGGGCGCAGAGCUGCUCUAGAGCGAUGGAAGGGGUCAACGGAGCUAAGCGAAGGAGAUGUGAGGGAGUUUCUUUAACCCAAGGCAGUGAACUGUGGGUUUACACCUGAGCUGUUGUUAAAACCCUGCCUCCACUGAGUUGACUGACUGGCCACAGAAAAACGGAAAGCUUAAUACAAAGAUAGGAACAUAGAGGAUCCACAGAGAAGCUGCUGGCAUGCUGAGCUUGGCGGCGUCUCACGGAGAAUCUGUGAUUCACUCGCUCUACUGAGUGUAGAGCGUUUUCUAAAACCAAGGAAUUAACACACACUUAAAAUAAGUAUGUAAGUUUGUACUGUAUGUAUGGUAACGUACAUAGCAGAACAUCUAUGAGAAGUCCUUAACAAAUUCAAUAUAUGUAUAUGCAUUUUUUUUAUAUUUUUAUGUACAUUUACGCACAGAUCUGUACCUUUAUAUAAUUAUAUACUCUUUAUCUUUGUCCAAAACAAAGUGAAUCAAUCUUAAAACUGAUUUAAGAGACUGUAAGACUAAAGAAAAGGAAAGUUUUUUUGUUGUUUUUAUUCUAAGUCGUCUUUAAUUUUUAAUGACAUUAUGCAGUUUGCACAGUGGUGUAGCCGUAGACGUGCUGGCACUUGAUAAAGAGACAUUCAGAGAGCAGAAGGAGCAGGCAGAGAGGCUAGUCCCAGCCUGCGACAAGCCCUGACAGCUGCACGGUGCCAUGGGGAGGGAACAGGGACCUGGAGUCCCUAACAGAGGCCUCUAAGGUCGGGGUCUGGGCUGGAAGUGUGCAGAUCCCUUAUCCCCCCCCCAACAUCUCACUGUCCCCUCAGCUGCAGAUAAGGAGCUACAGGCUUUUUCCACCAGUUUAUCCUUAAAACCUUAGUUAUUUCAGUUUGAAACCAAACUCUGAACUUCUUUCGUUAUUGCAUCACAGCUGCUGUCUAACAAGCUUGUUUUGCCAAAACUGGUUCCUGCCAGCUCAGACUUCUUUUUUUUUUUCUCCUUUCGAGAAAUUUCACUGAGAGGUUAGUGCCGACAGGAGAGCAUAUGGAGGAAGUUGUUUCCAUUUUUAAAAAAAACUUCUAGGGCACCAUACCUAACGGGGCCCACAUUUGCCAAAAAAGGAGAGCAGGAAGAAGGACUGUGGGUGUAAUCUGGUGUUUGUGCUGCAGACUGGGACUGGCCUCUGACAGACUGCAUUUACUGUCCCUUAACUGCAUUAGGGGGCAGCUAAGUAAGGAUCACCCAUUUCAUUAUAGGUAGUUUUAAGCCUUGUUUAA